AUGGCCUGUAGGUCUCCUUUUCAUUUUCUUGCUAUUGAUACUAAAUUUGGUGAAAGUGGACUAGAGGUAUCCAAGGGACCAUUUCCAAAAUUUGGCAGUGAUCAAACGAAUUCCAGGCUAGUUCCCUUGAAAGUGAUUUUAUGGUGUCAAACUAUGGAGGGAACUUGUGUGGGGUGCUAA